ACACCCGAAACCCUGACCCAAACCUCGCAUUCAGCGGCUUGGAUCUACCAGAGGAUUUAUCAAACCGUUGUUUUAUUUUUUUUUGGUUUUAAUCUCACCAACUCCAGGAUUUAUCCGUGAUGACAGCUAUGUGGGGAAUACAAGUGGCCUUGUGUACUUUCUCCAUGCUGUCCCUGUCGUCCGGAGGAGACGUUAAGGCGCGGAGCUGCGGGGAGGUGAGGCAGGCUUAUCACGCGCUGGAAUACAGCAUCGCCAAUGUGCCUCACCAGGAGAUAUCAGAUGAGCACCUGCGGGUAUGUGCGUCUCAGGGUACCACCUGUUGCACGUCAGAGAUGGAGGACAAGCUGGGCCUACUCAGUAGGCACACGUUUGAGGACCUGAUGGCGAGCAGCAGUCACAACAUGAGGACCUCCUUCUUCUCCAAGCACCGGAAGUUUGAUGAGUUUUUCCUGGAGCUUCUGAACAACACGGAGCGGUCGUUCAGCACCAUGUUCCAGCGCACCUACGGCCUGUUCUACCAGCAGAACUCGGAGGUGUUCCAAGAGCUCUUCAGGGAGCUCAAACGCUACUACACGGGAGGCAACAUCAACAUGGACGAGAUGUUCAACGACUUCUGGGCACGGCUUCUGGAGCGCAUGUUCCAGAUGCUGCACUCCGAGUACCGCUUCAGUGAGGACUACCUGGAGUGUCUGAACAAGUACAGUGAGCAGCUCCGGCCCUUUGGGGACACACCCAUGAGGCUGAAGCCCCGCGUCACCAAGGCCCUCAUCGCUGCGCGGACCUUCGUCCAGGGCCUCAUGGUGGGCCGUGAGGUGGCCAGCCGGGUGACCAAGGUGAACCUGCCUCCGGCGUGCAGCAGAGCGCUGACUAAGAUGCUGUUCUGUCCGUACUGCAGCGGGCUGCCAGGGCUGCGGCCCUGCAACAACUACUGUCUCAACGUGAUGCGCGGCUGCCUGGCCAACCAGGCCGACCUGGACACAGAGUGGAACCUCUUCCUGGAUGCCAUGCUGCUGGUGGCUGACCGGCUGGUUGGUCCGUUGAACAUCCAGGAGGUUCUGCAGCCCAUCGACGUAAAAAUCUCUGACGCCAUCAUGACCAUGCAAGAGAACAACUUUGAAUUCAGAAACAAGGUUUUCCAGCUCUGUGGUCAACCCAAGUUGGUGGGCGCUGGCAGGGUACGAUUGACGCGCAGUGUUUUUGACUCCAACCCUCGCUACAGACCUGCGGCCUCACGGGCCAGGCCCACCACCGCAGCUGCGCCCAGUCUGGACCACAUGAGGAUUGUGUGGAGGAACAUGCAACACAGCAUUAAGAACAUGAAGAAGAAACUAAGUGAGUCAAAGAGGUUCUGGUCCAAACUGCCAGAUGAGAUCUGCUCCGGGGGGAACCGGACCGAGCCGGAUGAGGAGGGCUGCUGGAACAGUCAUGCCAGGGGCAGGUACUUCCCAGAGGUGGUGAGGGAGGGUCUGACAAACCAGCUGCACAACCCUGAGGUGGAGCUGGACAUCACCAGACCUAACUCCUUCAUCCGCCAGCAGAUCAUGGCCCUCCGCGUCAUGACCAACAAGCUGAAGAGUGCCUACAACGGCAACGACAUCUACUUCCAGGACUCAAAUGCAACCACCUAUCCCUACACAGCCACUGUGUCACCGACCGAGGCCCUUCAUCAACUGACACAGGACAGCUCUGUAGGCUCAACCCUGUGUCCCUUGGGCCCAUGUUGAAUUGCAGAAUCCUACAUUCUUAUGAUGUAGGAAGAACUUUGAAGAAAAUUGGCGAAUAAAGAGUCUUACAACAGGCUAAA